ACAGAAAUGCUGACCUCAACUCCAGAACAAGUUACUCUAACAGGAACAUCUGGUCUGGGUUUCGAAGCCCAUAACGACUCAACCUUCCUGGACUCUGAGUUUCGUUAUGUCCUCUUCCCAGUUGUCUAUGGCAUCAUCUUCAUCCUGGGCCUCUUCGCCAACCUUUACGUGCUGUUUGUCCUGCGCUGCCUCCGUGAGGCUAGGGCCAUGGGCGAAAUCCGCAUCUAUAUGACUAACUUGACCAUCGCUGAUCUCCUUUUUGUGUGUGCCCUUCCCUUCUGGAUUGGCUAUUAUAGUCCCCACGGCAACUGGGUCUACUCAGAUUUUAUGUGUCGGCUGACUGGCUCAUUGUUCUUCAUCAACACCUAUUGCUCCAUCCUCUUCCUCGGAGCCAUCAGCGUCAACCGAUACUGGGCAGUCGCCCGGCCUCUGGAUGCGGCCUCUUCAGACCACAGGCGUCGUGGGAUCAUCGUGUGCGUUGUCAUCUGGGUGUUGACCAUGUCGAUGGCUGUUCCAUUUCUGACAUCUCCAAGGACCAACAAGAACAACGUCACUCGCUGUUUUGAGGGGUACCAAAAUGAAACUGAUUCCCAUAAGAAAAUAUUGGCCGUUACUCAUUUUGCAAUAAUUGGAAUGUUUUUUCUUGUCUUUUUUCUUGUCUUGGUGUGUAACUUCCUUAUUGUUCGAGCGUUACUUUCUCAAA